AUGUAUGUUGAGAUGAAAAGCAGAAUCACAUCAAGGUCAGAAGACAAUGGUCGAAUCUUUGUUAUUACGAUCAAUGAUCCCAAGAAACUCAACUCCCUAUCAUUCCAAGAUUUCAAAUCCAUUGGACAGCUUUUACAGGUGGCUGAUAACGAUCCACAAGUGCAAGUAACCGUUUUGCAGAGCACAGGCAAGUUCUUUUCAGCAGGUGUUAGAUUUGAAGAUAUCGGCUACAUGCGAGAUGAUGUUUCUUCCCACCCGGAGAGACUCUUUGGCCAUAUAGCUAUGCCCAAUAUACAAUUGGUAGCCCAGUUUACGCAACAGCGGAAACCCCUGGUAUGCUGUUUAAACGGACCUGCCGUCGGUAUGACAGCUGCAUUGGUCAUGUUGUGCGACAUCAUUUACGCCAAGAACGACUCAGCUUACCUGUUAUUUCCUUUUGCUAACUUGGGAUUCGUCCCCGAAGGCGGUACUUCAGUAACAUUACCAUGGAAGCUGGGCAUCAAUAGUGCUUACGAGCAUUUGGUGAUGGGUUCACCAAUAACUGUCCAGGAACUAAUUGAUGCACGCGCGGUAUCAAAGGUUUACUACUUGGUGGAUACCAAUACGUUUAAUGACAAAAUAGUAUCUGAAAUUGCCAAGACUAUUUCAAACGUCUUUCCGGAAUCUUUACUUGGCGUGAAAGGCCAGUUGAAUGCAAACUUGGAAAACAAUCUAUUGGCAAGAGCCCAAUCGUUGGAGACCAACACUACUAUGCCGUUCUGGACCUCGGGGGAGCCUUUCAAAAGAUUCCAACAACUGCAAGAGGGAACCCGUAGACAUAAACUCUAA